AUGGGUAACGCCGUGUUCUGCGUGGCGGAGAACGAGGCGGGGACUGAAUGCAACACCCACCGCCAAACCAGCCAGCAGCGGCUGCUGGCGAAGUGUCCCCGACGUCAGACAACGCUGAAGCCUCAUCUUUGUGAUGAAGCAAAGGCUGUCUGGGGCACGACCCCAGCUCGUGCCUACGGAAGAGGAGGCCGCUCACCGGAGCUGCAGCAGCAGCAGCAGAACGACCUUUCCUCUUGCACAGGCAUCUCUGCUGUAGAGCUGAGCAGCGUUUCUACGUCGAUCUCGCUCAUCCCAGACCUUGGACGCGCCUCUGCGACGCCUCAGCUGGAGUGGUUGCAGUCCUCCCUCCCACCUAGUGUUAGCGACCCUAAUUUAGAGCCCCCACACGAGUACGCUGUAGACUUCGACACGUUGUCGAGCGACGCCCGGCCAGACAGAAUCGCCGCGGCGUCGCACGUAGGUGGACCGACCGAGUCCAGCAGCCAUUCAUCCUACUUCACCCCCAACAUGAGUGGGUUUGAGAUGCCUCCUGACCUCGGCUUUGCCGCCCACCUCGAACGCGUUGCCUCCCCUGAGCUUCGAGCGUCACCGUCAGACUCGCCAACACCCGUGCAGCGGCCGCUGCUGGCCGUGAGUCCGGUAGAAAACCCCCAUUGGGAUGGCGCGAUGUUGCCGGCUGCGGCUCUCCCCGUCACUGCAGUCAGCCCCACUGUCCCUGUAGCACCGAGCCCCUACUCGCCUUUUGCACAAAACGCAAGCACGGGGCCGAAGAAGCCGACCGGCAACUGGUGCUCCCCCGACAGCGAGUCUGCAAAUCCGAGGAGAAAAGCCCCCAAGAUGCAGAAGGAGCCGAUGCAUGAAUCUCCCACUCACCCGACGCAGUCGCAGCCGCACAGACGGCCAUUCAGGCAGGUGACUCCAAUGCAAGCCGUACAUGAGGUGAAGCCCACUGACGCAGUCACAUUCUCCGCCGCCCACAAAGGCUCCAAAGGUCAUCCACAAGACACGUUGCCGCGACGAUGCCUCACCGACAAGGGUGGUACUUCUGCUCUCAUGCUGCCGCCACUCGACGACGCCGGGGCGCUGUGUGUCAAGGCGGCGGCGAACGCCGCGUACACCGGCAACGCGUCCGUUGCCGGCUUGCACGGGUCUCAGCCGCCUCUGGUGCCGAAGGAUCUCCUCCGCUACAGGGAAAACACGCUCACCGGCUGCGGAGACGCGUACGGGGCGAAAACGGCAAACAACCGAGAAGGUGCCCAAAGCCGCGAAUCGCCGCGGUGCGCCCUUGUAGCGCGCAAGAUGGACGAGGCGAGUGCCACUGCGACACUGCCGAGUGGCGCAUCUGCUCUUCCCUUACCACCCAACGGCGGUGUAAGUAGUCGUCAAGGGUGCACCGAGCAAGGCUUUGCAAGACUACCGCUUGUCAAGGGAGCCAGUGCAUCCUCCACGGCACUGAAGCCGGUGCAGGUGAACGCUACCCAAGAAACCGCGCAGAGCGCCACAAAUGGUGGUGUGCGUGAUAAUCCCGCGUCCCAUCAGCCGCCUUGGCACGUGACCCCAGACGAAGAUGACGCUAUCCCGCAACUGAAGUUCACUGCCGGUGGAGCGGCUGCCUCCUCUUCGCUCACGAGAGCGAACUGGCCAACGGCCACAGCGGCGAGGACGGCUAAUCAGAAUCACGCAUCCACCUCUUCAGUUCCAAUAUCAAACGAGGCGCACCCGCUCUCAGCACUACGCGGUACGAUGAAGCGCGGAUCUCUCACGUUGACGGAAGGAGGCGUCCGGCAGGACACCGCUGGCACAGCGCACGUACACGUUUCCGCGCAAGGUGCAAACACCCCGAGUCGCCUGCACCCGGCCAACUGCAUGGAAGUACGCACGAGGGAGACAGCACAGGAUUCACUUUUAUCUGCACUAGUGCCCCUUUCUCGUUCCCUUCGACAAGUCGGCGCUGGGGAGCAGUGCUGCAGCCGUUCCGACGAUGGAAAUGAGAGUCCGGGCGAAGACAAGGAGAGGUCGUCAGACGACGGUGAAUGCUUGCCACGGUCCCAAAGUGUGUGCGACUUGCCGCCGAACCUCGGCGCAAGUCACCGGGUCAACUCCAUUCUCAAGAAGACCAGCAGCUACCGUUCUCUAAAUGGCACUCCGCUGGAGCGAACGCUGCCGGCAGUGGGCUCGGUGUCGUUUCUGUUAUGCGAGCAGGAGGCGUCGCUCGCUAUGGUGAGCCGCCAAGGUGUGUUCAAGGCCGUCUCCCACCACGCGAAGCCGCGUCAGAAGGAAGACCAUCGACUUUUCGAGGGCUCCUGA